AUGGCACACAACCCUCCCACUCUGCUCUCCCUCCCCGAGGAGCUGAUGGCAAACAUCUGCAACCACCUCUCGACCCAGAGCCUCGGAAAGUUCUGCCAAGUCUCUCGCAAAGCAAACCGCAUCGCAAGCGAGGUCCUUUACACAUUCAGAGGACAGCCAAAUGGCUCGCCCGAGUACCUGGCCCGCUCGCUUGACGACACCCUCGAGAGAGCCGCCCCUGCCGGAGAAGCAGUGAUGCUCCGCCUCCUCGAACGAAGCAUGAACACCCUGCGUCUCAGCGAGCGCCGCACCCUCGCUGCCCUCCUCUACUCGGCUGAACACGGCUAUCCAAAUGCAGUCCAGGCUCUUCUGGAUGCAGGUGUCUCGCCCGAUGCUGAUGUUUAUGUUGAACGUGAGGAAACCAGAACCGUGACCGCGGUCAAGACUGCUUGGGAAGGACAGCACGACAACAUCGUUAACAUGUUGGUCCGUCAUGGAGCCAAUAUGUCCUCCUAUGACUUCCAGUGGACGCACAACUUGCUCUCCCGCACGACUCCUCAAGAGGCCGCGGAAAUGAUCGAUGCCGGUCUGGGAAUCGCCCAGGUUGACCAGGACGGCAACACCCUGCUCCAUUUGAUGAACUCCUCUGUUCCAAUGCUUCAACUGCUGGUUUCUAAGGGUCUGGACGUCAAUGUCACCAACUAUGAUGUGGAGACGCCGAUUUACAAAGCUAUUCAUCCCCUUCCUUUCAGCGCUGUCGGCCAGGAAUGGGCUCUGGACGACGACGACGAAAUCCCUGCUCCCCGGCAGUCGGAGCUCGAUGCCAUUCGCUUCUUUCUGGGCAACGGCGCCAAUGUCAAUGCCCCGUGCGAUGGUAACUUAUUUCCCAUCCACGUGGCCUGCCUGCAUGGCUCACCCGAAGUCAUGCGGCUGCUGCUGGAGUCUGGAGCAAACGUGAACUCUGUGGGCACCGUCACUGGUGAGACGGUCAUGUUCCAGCUUUCCAUUCGUGACGACGAGAGCCCCGAUAUCCUGCGCAUGCUUCUCGAUGCCGGCCUUGACUUCUGUAUUCAUGAGCCCUCCACCGAGGCGUUCCUCACUAGGGCCAUCGAGGAGAAGUGGACCGCGUCCCUGACGAUGCUGUUUUACGACCAUACGGAGCAGAUCGAGAAGCUGACGUGCGACGAGACUCUCUUCCAGGCCGCCGCCGUCCUUGGAGACAUUUCCAUCAUGCGGAACAUGGUCCUCGGCGGCGUCAUUAACCCCAACGCUGACUCUUUCUUUGCGUCCAUCGUCCACGCCUGCCACCGCGGGAACUUGGAAGCCGUCAAGUUCCUCGUCAAUGAGGCAGGCCUCUUCUACCGCGAUGUCCCGGACGCCGACGGCUUCACGCCCAUCCACGCCGCCAUCGUAGUCGGGGAAAACUCCACAGAGAUUGUCCACUUCCUCCUCGAACGCAUUCCGUUCAACAACCUUUCCCGUGAGGGUACGUUGGGCGUUGUCACCGCGCUCGACGACGCAGUUCUGUUCCAGGAUCUAUCUCUCGUGCGUCUCCUCAUCCAGCGACUCGAGGAGGUCCCGCGCACCCGAGUCCGGCUGCAAGACGACCUGUCCAGUGCCCUGACCUGCGCCGUGAGGAGCCAACAGGCCGAGAAAGUCGAGUUCCUCGUGUCCGAAAUGCAACGGCUUGCCAUAACAGUCACCACGCGCCACGCACCCCUGUUCUGGGCGAUCACAGGGACCGACUGUAAUCUGGACAUCGCACAGACGCUGCUCGACGCGAACAUGAGCAUCGACCACGCCCCGGAAAACGAGACCAUCACGCCGCUGAUCAUGGCCCUCGAUGAAGAAUACGUCGACAUCGCAUCGCAGCUGAUCUCCGAGAAGAACGCCAGCCUCGACGCCACAACCUCCGACGGCAGAACGGCCCUCAUGUUCGCCGCCGAUAAAGGCUACGCAGACCUCGUCUGCCAGAUGCUAUCCCGCCCCGUCGACGUCAACGCAACCAAUCCCGACAACAGCAACCUCACGGCCCUCGACUACGCCGUCGAAGCCGGGCACACCUACAUCGCAGCCCUGCUCCUCGAAGCCGGCGCAACAUUCCACCCCCUCCUCCUCCAAAUCGCCGCGGCCCAAGACGACCCGGAGAUCCUCGCGCUCUUCUUCCAGCCCGAGAACGCCAACGCCAACUCCCUCACCAAACAAGCCCUCCAAUCCGCCCUGUACGCCGCGGCCCGCGCCGGCAACGCCGCCAACGUGCGUCUCCUCCUCGACCACGGCGCAAGCACAACAACCCUCUACGCCCACCACCCAGACGAGCGCGUUGACAUCCCGCUCCACGGCGCCGUGCAGAGCGGCGACAUCCCAACCGUCCAGGCUCUCCUCUCCACCGGCGGGGCCCGGGGAUUCCUCAACGAAGUCAGCAACGGGCAGACCCCGCUCAUGCUGGCGGCGUCGCAGCCCAACGGAGCUGGCAUGGUCGAGUUCCUGAUCUCGCGUGGCGUCGAUGUGAACGUUAGCGUUGGGCUGGGGUGGACUGCGCUCUGGCACGCGGUUGAGCAUUCGGUGCCUGACAGCGCGCGGGUUCUGGUACGGCAUGGCGCGCGGAUGGAUUGGGUUGGUCGUGGGGACGGGGACGGGGACGGGGACGAGGAGAACAUCGUGGUGUGGGAUCCGUUGCUUCAUGAGGCGGUGCGAAAGGGCGAUGCGGAGGUUGUGGGGGUCCUUGUUGCUGGCGGCGCUGAUGUCUUGCAGCGGAAUGGGGAUGGGAUCACGGCGCUUGAGCUGUGUGAGGGGGUGCUGGAGCGUGAUGAAGUCAUUGCGGCGCUUUACUCGCGUCAUCUGGCUUCUUGUUCUUGA